UUGCAUUUAAGAGACAGGGUAUCCUUUCAAGGAAUCUUAUCGACCGAAAAACAGGAAGGAACGGUAGAAGAAGCUUUAGAAUUUCUGAAGAGCACAUACAGUAGCACAAUAGGGCUCGAAUUUAGCUACUUGGAGACUGAAGAAGAGAGGGAAUGGUUCGCGGAAACCGCGGAAAAACGCGUGGCGGAUUCCUUGUCGGACGAGACGCGAUCGGCCAUCGCGACGGAGAUGCUGAAAAGUCAAGCUUUCGAUAAUUUUUUGGCCAUAAAAUUCGUCAGCCUGAAAAGAUACGGAUGCGAGGGCGCCGAGAGUAUGCUGGCCUUCUUCCACGAAUUUUUUAAACUAUGCGCACACGACGAUUUAAAGUGCGUGGUGCUCUGUAUGCCUCAUCGAGGUCGACUGAAUUUUCUCACGGGCAUGCUGAAUUUCCCGCCGGAAAAGCUGUUUCGAAAGCUGCGGGGAUUAUCCGAAUUCCCGGACGGCGUAAACGCCACGGGCGACGUGAUCAGUCAUUUGGUGUCCUCCAUCGACCUCGACGUCGACGAGAAAGAUCUCCACGUGACGGUGUUGCGAAACCCGUCGCAUUUGGAGGCUGUGAAUCCGGUUUCAAUGGGAAAAACACGAGGCACGAUGCAAGCCGUUAAGGACGGGGCUUACAACGACGACGGAAACGCGCGAUGGAGCGACAAAGUGUUAAACAUCCAAGUUCACGGGGACGCGGCGUACGCUGGUCAAGGUGUUAAUCAAGAAUGUUUGGCCCUAUCCGAGGUUCCACACUUCGAGAUAGGUGGAACGGUUCACCUAGUGGUCAACAAUCAACUAGGCUUUACAACUCCAGCUACCAGGGGUAGAUCGUCGAGAUAUUGCACGGAUCUGGCAAAGAUGAUCUCUGCGCCGGUGCUCCACGUGAACGGAGAUGACCCUGAGAUGGUAAUUCGAGCCACUAGAAUAGCUUUCGAGUACCAACGAAGGUUCAGAAAGGAUGUCUUCGUGGAUCUAAAUUGUUUCAGAAGAUGGGGUCACAAUGAAUUGGACGAUCCAGUCAUUACGAACCCUGUUACUUAUAAAAUUAUAAAAAAUCGCCCUACCGGACCGAUAUUUAGAGAAAUUAGUAAAGUCUAACGUUCUUUCUACGGAAAUGGCUGAAAACAUCGUUGAUACCCACAACGCCUGGUUAAAUCAAGCCUUGAAACAAGUUGAUAAUUACACUCCGCAACCUUCGUACUUUGCAGGCUUGUGGAGCGAAAUG